AUGGACACUACCUGCCUCAGCAAUCCACAUGCUUGUGAUGUCUUCUCUCCUCAUUUGAAUCACACGCUCGUCAGGUACGUGCUUUUAGCACUACAGUUACUCUCAUCUGAAGUUAAUCGAGCGUUGGGUUACGCGCUCCUCAGCGUCUUCUUGGCUAACCUUCGGCCUCCACUCAUUGCCUCGUCCCAGGUGUGCAGCUAGUUGGAAGGAGCGGCAAGGGGUCGAGGAGGUCUGUGCGGCAUACGCGCGAGUGCAAGAGUGCCUGAAUAGAAUUUGAUAGGCCUGAUCCCGCGCGUACCAAACUGGGUCUUUUCCUCACGUUUGGCUCUGCAUCGGAUCAGUCAACUGUUCAACUAUUCUUCUCUUCAGUCAUCGUCUUCAUCGGCCUCUCCUUCAACCCUGCGACUUGCUCGGGCCAAAAUGGUCCGCUCGACCAAAAUCUCGCCAGAGUAACGGACACGUCCGGCUACGUCCUGCUGAAAGGACUCUGCUCCGACGUCGUGAAAAGCCCCUUCGUCAGCGCCAACAAGGCCGGGCCCGCUUGCAAACAGGUGUUUAUCCCACCCAACGACACCGUUAUCUGA